GGUAUCACUGUCUCCCUCUCACGCCCAAAACAAAUAGUAAAAUGCAAAUUGAAUGCGUCUUCUUCGCUCUUAUAGUCUUAUUCACCCCUCCAAAAACAGCUUUAAAAUCAUCCGUUUCUUCCACGAAAAUAAGCGCUCAAUAAUCGGCCCAGGCAUCCGCCAAAACGCUAACUCAACUCGAGAAAGAUAGCCCUAAUGGCUGGUGAAGAGAACCAAAUACAGACCAGAAGCAAAGCAUCUCGCAAACGGCGCAGUCAAGCUGCGGAAGGGAAUCCGAUGACGAAGAAGCGGGUCGUAUUGGGGGAGAUAACUAAUGUAUCAUCCAAUGUCUCUGGAUCGAAUAAAACUUCGAGUGAGGGGAAGGCCCUGAAACUCAAACCUGAAUCCGUUUUGGAUAAGUCGGGAAAUGAAGUUAAUCACGAGAUAGCUGUCAGCCAGGGAUCCGAUGAGCCGCAAAAAUACGGAUGUGCUCCUUCGAUGUUACAGUAUUUAAGAUCUCUAGAGGUUGAGGCAAGAAGGAGACCUCUGUCUAACUACAUGGAAAAGGUUCAGGAUGACAUAAACCCAGUCAUGAGAGCAAUUCUGGUGGAUUGGUUGGUGGAGGUUGCCGAAGAGUACAAACUUGUUUCGGACACCCUGUAUCUUACUGUAAACUAUAUUGACAGAUACCUGUCUGCGCAUAAACUGGCUAGGAAUAAGCUUCAGCUUCUUGGAGUAUCUUGCAUGCUUGUUGCAUCUAAAUAUGAAGAAAUCAGUCCCCCAAACAUUGAGGACUUUUGCUACAUAUCUGACAAUACGUACACAAAAGGAGAGAUUGCUCAAAUGGAGAGAGAAGUACUAAGGUUUUUAGAUUUUGAGCUGGGUAAUCCAACUACUAAAACUUUUCUAAGGAUCUUUACUAAAGCUUCUGAAGAUAUACCAAUGUUCUCAGAUCUUGAGUUCGACUUUUUGUGUUGUUAUGUUGCUGAGCUGAGUUUACUAGAUUAUGGUUGUGCUCGCUACAUUUCAUCAAUGGUUGCUGCAUCAGCCAUCUUUCUUGCAAAGUUUAUUUUGCAGCCAAAAGUUCAAUGGACUCUAGCAUUGCAACAGCGUACAGGUUAUAAACCAUAUGAACUGAAAGAGUGUGUCCUCAGACUUCACCAUUUGGUACUCAGAAGUGAGUCAUCUGCACGGGCUGUUCGACAGAAAUAUUCAGAUCAUAAGUUCAAAUGUGUUUCAUCAUUGAAUCCACCUGCCCGAAUUCCAGCAUACCUUUUUGAAUUCUCAAGUGAGUGAAUUAUCAUGAUCUACUCUAUAAAGAGAACAGCCAUAAGCAUAUCUAUAUGAAGAAUGAGAGCUGUCAGUGCCACCAAUUAGCGUUCUCUUUCAACCCAUAGACUUGUGAAGGCAUUCUUUAUCUCCUGUAUGCUGGAACAAUUCCUUCGUAGCUUGACUUGAAGUUCAUAGAGCAUGCGACGUCUGCAUCUUCAGCAUCUCAGUCGUGUGGAAAUUGGAUCAGUAAAUAAAGCAGGGCGAUUAUACUGUGCACCGUUGAGGAAGAGUAGUAACUGUAUAUACUUCUACAUUUUGGUGAAAUGAAUAGCAUUAGUUUAUGGUUUGUCUACUUUUUCAGCUUUACACUUCAAGUCUGUAAACUUGGCUUGUUCAUGAUAGAAUUAAGGGGUCUGCAACUGCAAGACAUGAAUAAGAUAAAUCAGUUUGGAAUUUAAUUUUCUA